AAAAUAAUAACAACACGCUGCCGGUGUUAUAAUCGAAAAUCUUUAUUUAAACAAAAAUAUCAAUUAAAAAUGUUGCAAAUAUUAACAAAAACAUUACAUUCUCCUAAUCUACGACGUUAUGCAGCAACACAAGCUGCCAUCAAAACGAAACACACCACAGCCAAGUCAAAAACAGAAGAUCGACCAGCGCUUAUACAAUGCAAACGAAAAUCCUUCAAUCUUUACACACCUUUGGAGGCUCAUUGUAAAUUUGGCACAGUUCCUCUGGCCUCAUCGGGCUGGUUAAAUAAUAAAGCCAAAGGAGAUUGGUUUCAAAUCAAUGCCACCGUCAAUGAACAGGAGAAAUCGAAAGAUAUGCAAGAUAUCCAAGAAUUUCUGCAUAAAGCCAGAUUAUCUUUCGAUGACACUUUAAUGCAAAACUUAAAAACCGAAUUUGAAGUGAAAACUUUAACGAGCAUACAGUGUCAGGGAUGGCCAAAGCUAAACGAGAAUCAUCAUACUUUGAUAGCAGCUGAGACGGGUUGUGGCAAAACCAUUUGCUAUCUAAUGCCUGUAAUACAAAAGAUUAUUGCACACAAAGCUAGUGAUUUAAAUAAAAGGAAAUUUAAUACACCUUUGGCCAUAAUACUAACACCUAGUCGUGAAUUGGCUUCACAAAUUGGAGGGGUUAUAGAGAAAUUGACCCGCAACUUAGAUGUGGGAGUGAAAACCAUAUUGGGUGGCAAUACAAAACAUUUAAUGUUAAAUCCCUCAUUUGAAGAUGUUGAUAUUUUGGUGGCCUCUGUGGGCGCCUUAAGUAAAUUGGUAACCACUGGUAUAUAUAAAAUGGAUCAUGUCAGACAUGUUGUGUUGGAUGAGGCUGAUACUCUGCUCGAUGACAGCUUUUCAGAUAAACUGGUGCAUUUUAUGAAAAGAUUUCCAUUCCAUAAAAAUAUGUCACAAAACGAUAAGGAUAUUGGUACUCAGCUAAUUUUGGCAUCUGCGACUAUGCCUACGAAUAUUAGUGAACUUUUGCACAAAGUUAUCGAUGUGGAAACGAUUCACGAAGUUGUAAGUCCUCAUCUGCAUAAACUUAUGCCUCAUGUUGAUCAACGUUUUAUAAGAGUUAACAAAUCAGACCGGCCGGCCCAUCUCUUGACAAUUGUUAAAAAGGAAUUGUCUGCUAGACGUCCAGUGAUUAUAUUUUCCAAUAAAACUCCCACCUGUGAUUAUGUUUCGAUUUUCUUGAAUAAUAGCGGCGUAAACUGUUUAAAUCUAAAUGGUGAUAUGUUAAUGAAAAUACGCUUGGGACGUUUUGAACAAUUCCAAAAUGCCGAAUGCGAUGUCUUGUCUACCACUGAUGUAGGAAGUCGAGGUUUGGACACAACUCGAGCCAGACAUGUUAUAAAUUUUGAUUUCCCUUUACAUGUAUCGGAUUAUAUACACCGUAGCGGUCGUAUUGGUCGUGUUGGUAAUACGGAGAAAUGUGCAGUUACGAAUAUAAUAUCGUCAAGACGGGAAAUUGAUGUUGUUCAGCGCAUAGAACAUGCAGCCAGAUGUGGAGGUUUACUGCCCGAUGUAAAUGCUAAUAUUAAGAAUAUUAUUAAUAAGAAAAUUAUGAAGGAUAUGAAAGAAGCUGGUGUUGAAUUGCCACAACAAAAUCAUGAAGAAGUAUUUUAAUUAACGUAAUUUUAUUGGAAUAUUUUCGUAUUGUUAAUACAU